AUGAACCCACACCGGGAUUGUCACAUCUCUGCAGGCUCCGCACACCAGGAGGCCACAAGUGCCACCGAGUCCCUGACACCUCCCCUGUCCUCUCCCCAGCUGUCCCCAGCCCUGCUGCAGCCACAGGUCACCGUGGUGGCCGCCCUGCGCGAGCUGCUGGCCACCGAGCCCAGGUGGAAUAUGAUUCUACUGCCUGACUCCGCAGAUAUCCUGAACCGCGACCUGGAGGAUUUCAGCAGGGAGCUCCGGGCCACCAUAAAGUGCAUUGAUGACACCUGGUGGCCCGACAUUGUCACCUCUGGUGAUGGUGAUCCUGUCACCUCCCUGAGCCAGGCCCUGGCUGCCUACAAGGGCACCCCAUGGACCGCCUGGGACCGUGUGAAAAUGGAGGCCAUCAUGUGGCAGGGCUUGGUGGACGUGCUCAUGGAGAGGUGGGUCGAGCUAUCUGGGAAGGCCACCAAGCUCCGCAACACCUGGUGGGAGGUGGUCAGUGAGGCGGCUGACAUGGCGAUCAACAUCACCUCCUUGGCAAACUACCGGCAGGACAAGGCUGCCCGUGAUGGGACAGCUCAGAAAAAAAUGGUGGAGCUGGGUCAGGCCCUGGGCAGGGAGGAGGGGACCGAGGUGGUGGCCGGGCAUGAAGUCUGGGUGAGGAUAGAGCCCAGGGUGGCUGCCAGCGAGGUAACCAAGCCCACCAAGUUGAGACAGUUGGUGAAGGUGACCCUGGGGCCACUGGAGCACUUGAUGGCCGCGUGUGACGAAGCCACUGCCUUCCCCCGGGAGCUGCAGCGCCUGCUCGAGGACAUCGAGGCCGCCCUGGAGGGGACAAAUGAGGCGUCCCGAGAUGUCCCCGAGGACUUGGUGGCCAAGGUGACCAUGGCCAAGCGGCUGUGGGAGGCCAACGCCCGCCUGGCCAAGGAUCACCUGGUGGGGGCUGUUGAUGACAUCGUCACGAUCUAUUUCCAUGAUGGUCCCGCCAGCCCAAGUGGCAUUGGGGUGACUGAGCGGUGCCAGAGAGCCAUUGAGGACAUCCCGAGGCUCCUUCGUCUCCCGGAGCAUCCCCAGAGCGUCCCCAAAGUGUCCCCAGUGAGCGUGGAGCCCCAAGAGGUGUCCCCUCCGCAGCUGCAGGCGCUGGUGGCCGUGGUGGCCACCCUGGGCAAGGUGGUGGCCACUGUGACCGGGCCACACAGGGGCAAGUUCCUGCGCGAGUCCCCUGACUCCCUGCAUGAGGACCUGAAGAACUUCACCCAGAACCUCUGUAAGAUCCUGGACCAUGGCGAUGUCACCUCCCUGGACCACCGUCGUGUCACCUCCCUGGGCCACCGUCGUGUCACCUUCCUGGGAUACCGUCGUGUCACCUCCGUGGGCCAACGUGGUGUCACCUCCCUGGGCCACCAUAGUGUCCCCUCCUUGGGCCAGGCCCUGGCCACCCUCGGGGUCACCCUGGGGACAACCAGGGCCAGUGUGAGAGCCGUGGCCAGCGCCUGGCGGGAGUCGGUGGCCAAGCUCGUGGACAGCUGUGACCAGCUGGCCAGGGAGGCCACCAAGCUGCGUGACGCCUGCGGGAAGGUGGUCAUGGACCAGCAGCUGAUGGUGGCCCUGGACAAGAAGGAGGUGGCCCGGGAAAUGGCCACACACGAUGCCCAUGUGGCGGCAGCCACCAACGAGGCCAUGGGAGAGGCUGUGGGGGCCACCAGGUGGGCAAUGGUGGCCACCAAGAGGGAACAUUGGGCAGAGAUGGCCCUGGGGCUGCUGCAGUGCUUGGUGGCCGCGUGUGACAGAGCCACCUUGUUCAACUGGAACAUGGAGUGGCGGCUCAAGGACAUCGAGGCCAUCCUGAAGGGGACAAAUGAGCUGUCCCCUGAUGUCCUCCAAGCCUUGGUGGCCAAGGUGGCCGAGUUUGAGUGGCUGUGGGUGGCCAGCACCCGCCUGGCCAAGGAUCACCUGCUGGGGGCACUUGGGGUCAUCGACAACAUCCUCUCGAGUCCCUGUGGUGACCAUGGUGGCCCCAUUGGCCCCGGCAGCCGCAUGGUGGCCAAGCGGUGCCAAAAAGCCAUCAAAGACAUCCCAAGGCUGCUGUUGUGGUGGUGUUUGUAGGUCCCAGGAUGAGGGAAGAGAUGAGAAUCUGACUCCAUUUUUCAGGCUCAUUUAUUGUUUUAUGAUAUUAUAUUAAAAAUGCUAUACUAAAACUAUACUAAAGAAAUAUAGACAGGAUACAUCAGAAAAGUAGAAAAGAAUGAAUAAUAAAAACCCGUGACAGAGCAGAGAGUCCGACACAGCUGGUUGUGAUUGGCCAUUAAUUAAAAACAAUUCACAUGUUUGGAUAAACCAUUCUCCAAAUCACAUUCCAAAGCAGCACAGCAUGGAGAAGCUGAAGCUUCCCAGGAGAAAAAAUCCUGGCAAUGGGAUUUUCAUAAAAUAUCACAGUGACAUGCUGUGGGGACAGUGAUGUCACCGGUGUGAAGUCAUUAGGGCAGUGAUGUCACUGGAGAAAGUUGUGGACACUUCAGUCCCACCAGCUCCUCGUGUCACCAAGUGCCACCAGCACCUCGAGUGCCACCAGCUCCUCGUGUCACCAAGAGCACCUCCAGUGUCACCAGUUCCUCAAGUGCCACCAUCUCCUCGUGUCACCAAGAGUCCCUCAAGUGUCACCAAGAGCACCUCCAGUGUCACCAGGUCCUCAAGUGCCACCAGCUCCUCAUGUCAUCAAGAGUCCUUCAAGUGUCACCACCUCCCUGACUGCCACAGCACCCCGAGUGCCACCAGCUCCUCGUGUCACCAAGAGUCCCUCAAGUGUCACCAGCUCCCUCAAGUGCCACCGGUUCCUUGAAUGCCACCAGCUCCUCGUGUCACCAAGACCUCCUCAGUUGUCACCAGUUUCUCGAGUGCCACCAGCUCCUCGUGUCACCAAGAGCCCCUCGAGUACCACCAGCCUCGGACAGAACUGGUGCCACCGGGCAGGUGGUACUGCCGUGUCCCUGGUGCCUGUGUCCCCGCAGAGGGGACACGAGGAGUGGCGGAGGGACACGGGGGUAGUGGUAGGGGACAGGGGGUCACAAAGGGACUGAGGGGACAGCAGAGCCCUCCAGGGAGGGGACAAGGGGGACCCUGCUCGUCAGGGCGGUGGUAGCAGUCCAGAUGAAAUGGUCUUGUUGAAGUGGUGAUCCCCUAGAAAAGAUCUGGGAGCUCUUGUCCUCUGAAACCAGUGGGUAAGGGCAGCCUGUCCUGUCCCAAAGCCCAGAUUAUAUCCAGGUGGGGAUGCUGAGCUCCUCCCCCUGGGCGGAGCCUCUCACAAUGGGCUGAUGUCGUUCUGAGCCGUGAUUGGUCCUUGACUGCCCAUUAAAGAGCAAAGGCUCCUGGAGGGAGUUAUCUCUGAGUCAUGGGCAAGGCAUUGAUGGGCGCAUUAACAGGAGAUCAGGAAAAAACAACGCCCCUCCUGGUUUGAACAGCUCUGGAGGAUGGGGAUAGAAUACAUCUUUAUAUUGUAAAAUAUGACAAAAUCCACCCCUUAUUCUAUUACCUUCUGUACACCAACCAAUACGCUCUUACAGAUACAUAAAUACGUAAAUAUUUAUAUAUAUGUAUAAAAUAUAGAAUCAAACUUCACACACUUUAAUUCUCACUUUAAUUUAGGUCUCCUUGUGGUGCACAAGGGGUUUCCCUGCCCUCCUGCAUUACCCACCCGGUGUAACCAGGUCCUGGAGCAAAAACCUUGCUGCCCCACGUUGGGCGCCAAAAUUAUGUUCUGGUUUGAGAUCAGACCCAGUGAGAGACUCCAGGUCAGAAAUACAACUAGGAAAAAGAGGAAAAAAACCAAUAAAAAUGCAAUAAUACAAAAUGAAACCACUGACAGAAUACAACCUGACACCCUGCUCGUCAGGGCGGUGGGAGCAGUCCAGAUGAAAUGGUCUUGUUGAAGUGGUGAUCCCCUAGAAAAGAUCUGGCAGCUCUUGUCCUCUGAAACCAGUGGGUAAGGGCAGCCUGUCCUGUCCCAAAGCCCAGAUUAUAUCCAGGUGGGGAUGCUGAGCUCCUCCCCCUGGGCGGAGCCUCUCACAAUGGGCUGAUGUCGUUCUGAGCCGUGAUUGGUCCUCGAUUGCCCUUCAAACAGAAAUGGCUCCUGGAGGGAGUUAUGUCUGAGCCAUGACUUCAAUUAAUUAAGCCUCACGAAGC